CCGAGGACGGGUUGGAAGAAUGGUCAGUUAGUUACCGGGUGACAGUGUCGCCACAUGGUCGUUCUUGCCCGUGACUUUCGGUACAGCAAGACGACCAAGUGGUAGAACGGGCGAUCACAAAUACAGAGUCGGGCGAGUUCACGUGAUCUCCAAAACACGUGUAAGGAGCCAGUAGUUUCUUCAUAUAAUAGUUGAAAUUGUCUGGCCAUUCCCAACGCCAUAACUCCAGCAGGAUGGCUGAUAUGCCAGAACAACCGUCUGUGUUAAAGGACUUUCAACUGAAGGAUGAGAAAGAGGAGGAGCCUACAGGAGCCACCAAUAAUGUCAAGGACAACGGCGAAUGGAAAGAAGUCUUCGUGAAAGGCUAUGCGCCUGAGAAUGAACUCCCAUCUGAAGGUUUAUCACGUGGUGGCCACGAGAUACUUGGGACGAUGUCAUUGGCGCUGAGUGGCCAGCCCAACGAUGUUCUACAGGAAACCAAUGAGAGCGCCAACACUGCCUUAGAGUCACACAGUUCCCAGUCUAAUGUCUGCAGAGAAGCAAUCUUGCAGACAAGCAAUCACCAGUCCUUCAAAGUCUUACAAACAACCAUGCGGUUUAAGCAUUCCUUAUUCAGCAGCGAGUCUAUUACAAUUACAUUUGGCGGGGCUAGUAAUGAGAACGUAGUCCAGCAGAGGGCGGACGAAGUCGAGGAGAUCGAGGACAAAAUGAAGAAAAAUGCGGGCAAAAUUAAGAGAAGCAAAACCGAUGGACAUCAGUCACCAUAUUCAACAUGUAUGACAGAAAACUUUGUCUCCUGUUCGUCUUGCGGCGUUUUAGUAGUCUCGAUAGGUCACUUGCAGACAAUCAAUCACCACUCCUCCAAAGUCUUAUUAAACGACAUGGAAGUUUGUAUUCAUUCCAUAUUCAGCAGCGAGCCUAUUACAGGUGUAAUUGGUGGGACCAGUAAUGAAAACGAAGUCCAGCAGAGGGCGGACGAAGUCCAGCAGAGGGCGGACGAAGUCCAGCAGAGGGCGGACGAAGUAGAGAUGGAGGACAAAGUGAAAAAGAAUUCGAGCAAAAUUAAGACAAAUAAACCCAACGGACGUCAGUCACCAUAUUCAAUAUUUCCAGAAAAGAGUGUGUCCUGUCCAUCUUGCGGCAUUUUAGUAGCUUCGAUAGGUCACUUGCAGAGGCACCAAUCGGCCCAUGGUGCCAACAAACGCUUCAAAUGUUCCGUCUGUGACUGUUCCUUUACACGGAAUAGUAACCUGAGGGAGCAUUUUCGAUGUGCUCAUAAAAUAAUCCCAAAAUUCACUUGAAAUAAGCGGAUGAAAAAUGUAUUCAUGUUUCAGCUCCCAGUGAUUUAAUUCCGUUAACGUAACCAAUUAGUGGCCAAUUAGUUCUGACCAUGGUAAGAACAUUAGUUCUAACCAUGGUAAGAACAUUAGUUCUGACCAUGGUAAGAACAUUAGUUCUGACCAAGGUAAGAACAUUAGUUCUGACCAUGGUAAGAACAUUAGUUCUGACCAUGGUAAGAACAUUAGUUCUGACCAUGGUAAGAACAUUAGUUCUGACCAUGGUAAGAACAUUAGUUCUGACCAUGGUAAGAACAUUAGUUCUGACCAUGGUAAGAACAUUAGUUCUGACCAUGGUAAGAACAUUAGUUCUGACCAUGGUAAGAACAUUAGUUCUGACCAUGGUAAGAACAUUAGUUCUGACCAUGGUAAGAACAUUAGUUCUGACCAUGGUAAGAACAUUAGUUCUGACCAUGGUAAGAACAUUAGUUCUGACCAUGGUAAGAACAUUAGUUCUGACCAUGGUAAGAACAUUAGUUCUGACCAUGGUAAGAACAUUAGUUCUGACCAUGGUAAGAACAUUAGUUCUGACCAUGGUAAGAACAUUAGUUCUGACCAUGGUAAGAACAUUAGUUCUGACCAUGGUAAGAACAUUAGUUCUGACCAUGGUAAGAACAUUAGUUCUGACCAUGGUAAGAACAUUAGUUCUGACCAUGGUAAGAACAUUAGUUCUGACCAUGGUAAGAACAUUAGUUCUGACCAUGGUAAGAACAUUAGUUCUGACCAUGGUAAGAACAUUAGUUCUGACCAUGGUAAGAACAUUAGUUCUGACCAUGGUAAGAACAUUAGUUCUGGCCAUGGUAAGAACAUUAGUUCUGGCCAUGGUAAGAACAUUAGUUCUGACCAUGGUAAGAACAUUAGUUCUGACCAUGGUAAGAACAUUAGUUCUGACCAUGGUAAGAACAUUAGUUCUGACCAUGGUAAUGUAAGAACAUUAGUUCUGGCCAUGGUAAUGUAAGAACAUUAGUUCUGGCCAUGGUAAUGUAAGAACAAUACUUACUUACUUUCACAAUAUGUACAUAUUUUACUUUUUUUGAACCGGUGAAUAACAUUUUGAUAUUAUUUGUACAUUAAUUCUGAGCCAUUUUUAAUUUCUACCUUCUUUAGCAUUGUUCUGUAUAUAAUGUUUUUUAUGACUUUCUGUAUGGCUUCACAAUAUGUAUAUAUUCUGUUUAUUAUAUCUUGAAAGUUCAAAUAACCAAAUAUUGUGUACUUUCAAUUAAAAUCGAAUCUGCAUUUUAAUCUCUCGACAAAGUAAUAAAGGUUACUGAUGUACAAAA